AUGUCAACAACAACCACUUUUUCCCAUACCUACUCUUCCUCUUCACCACUCCACAUCACCGCCCAGAAGAAGAAGAUGAGCAUCACUCAAACUUACUACCUUGCCCACAAGGCCAGGGCCAAGCUCUCAUCUGAGGCUGCCCGUGCCGACCACGACCUUCGCCUCCUCGUUGGCCACGCCAACCUCCUUGACUCCUUGAUGCUCGAGCUCGCAGAUGCCGAGCGUGAGCAGGAGAGCUGGUUCAACCAAUCCGUCCGCGGAGCCACCAAGAGCGAGGAGCGCCACGUGCAAUGGGCCGAUACCAUCGUCGAGAGCCCCGAGGAUGACUGGGAGGCCAGCUCUGACGACUCCUCGGACUCUUCCGACGACGACUACGACGAGGAGGAGGAGGACGACAUCGAGAUGGCCGACACCGUCUCCCUCCGCCGCAUGCCCUCCGCCCCCGCUUCCCCGAGAACAACAAGCGUCUCCAUCUCGGAAGACUACGACAUGGAGGAGGAUGACCUUGAGGACGACUACGCACAGCUCGAGCUCGUCCGCACACCUUCCCACUCCUCCAGCAGCUCACCACCAGAGCUUGAGCACGACUCGGAUAUCUCUGACGACGAGUCGAUGCCCCCAUCCCCACCAAGCGCCGUGCUCACCUUCUCCGAGAAGGAAGCCAAGGAAGAGAUCUCACAACAACGACAAGAGGACGCGUUUUACUCUGAGGGCUACUACCUGCCCCCGAGGAACCCAGCAAGGCUCGUGUCUGCCAUCUCAGUAUACUAG